AUGUAUUACAUUUUUUCAGCAGAAGUAGCAGCAGCAGAAGCCACUGACGUCUGCCCACCAGCCGUGCCCAGAGACGAGUAUUUACAAGUCUACGGGGACUUCUGUUAUCAGUUCGUUAUCUACCGUCAGAGAUCCUAUUCCCAGGCGGAUCAAGACUGCAGACGCCAAGGAGGCAUCCUGGCAGUGGUCAAAUCACAAGACAUAACUGAUUAUUUCGUUGACCAACUGUUGAAUAAGUAUGGUUACGCGGAUAAGGUUUGGAUUGGUCUCAAUGAUAAAGACGCUGACGGUGCCCUUAUGUGGGAAGAUGGUACAUCACCUGGCUAUUCAAACUGGGCUCCAGGUCAAGGCCCGCGGUCUACCCACACCACAAACAUUCAGGGCUGUGUGACUCUGGUGCCAAGCUUGCUAGGGAAGUGGGAUGACGACUCUUGUGGUAAUGGAAUCUUUGGCGUUAUGACUUUCACACAAAAUCGCUUUUCCUAUAUCUGCCAGUUCCACGCGAGACGAGUGACCACAUCUGCGACCGCAGUAUCGUGUGCCCCUUUCGUUUGUGACAUAGACUGUGGCGAAGAACAAUAUAUCAAGGAUCCAGAUUACGGCUGCCCGACUUGUCAAUGUGGUUCGGCUUGA